ACAGGUUAGAGUGAGCAACGCGGAAUGGAAAUGUCCUUCUAAACCGAGAGAAAGCAACAAUAAUGAAGUAUGCAGUGACGCAGCAACAUGGAAUGCAAAGCUCUGUAUCUGGAUGAAUGCUGCUGAUCUGCAGUCAGUGUCAAGACCAGACUAGAGGGCAGAACUGAAUUCCUGCCCGUCUUUUGCUGUUCCCGGAUCAGUUUGGGGGGAUUUGGAUGUGAAGGUGUCUGUAGGUGGGAGGGGCUGGAGCUGAGAUGUCAUUCAGUAGAGCUGAGAGCAUGUCCAUCAUGCAGGCCUUAGCCAUGACCGUAGCUGAGAUACCUGUCUUCCUCUAUUCCACCUUUGGACAGUCUAUAUUCUCUCAGCUGAAGAUGAGUCCCAGUCUGAAAAAGGUGUUGUUCGCCACGGCGCUGGGCAGCGUUGCUCUGGCGCUGACCGCACAUCAGUUAAAGAGGCGGGGCAGGAAGAGGAAACAGGUGGUCGGUAAAGAAACGCAGAACCCUGUAGGAAUUCCAGAACAACUGCUUAGAACCAGCAGACCAACUUCACUUAAGAGAGGUCCCGUUCCGGGGCGGCAGAUGACGAGUCCCAGCGCUCGCAGUAAUGACACGUUGAGUGGCGUUUCGUCUCUCGCGCCCAGCAAACACUCCAGCUCUUCACACAGUAUCGCCUCUAUGCGAGUCCCUUCCUCUCCAAACCAAUCAGUGAACACUGGGAUGCCGUGGGAGGCGGAGCCAGUAGCCGAAGAGCCAGGCGUUAUGGAGGAUGCUAAUGCAGAGAACCUCUAUAUCAUGGGUAUGGAGCUGUUUGAGGAAGCGCUUCAUAAGUGGGAACAGGCUUUAAACAUCAGACACAGAUCUUACUCCGGUGCCUCUAACAGUCUUGUCCCACAAGGGUCGGAACUUGUGGAGCGUCAUUCGCCUGAACUGCAGAAUCAUCAGUUUGCAGAGAAGCUGGAAACUCUUCUGCACCGAGCGUAUCAUCUGCAGGAAGACUUCGGCAGCACCAUACCACCUGACAGUCUGCUCGCUGAACUGGAGAGUGAAGGGACGUUGUUUCUGCCCACACUGGGAAGCUCUCAUCCAAUCCAAGACGAUGAUGCAACGACAGUCAUGUCAGACGACUCGUUCUUCUCUGCAGCUGAGUUGUUUGAGACGUUUUCUGUAGAUGACACGUUUCAUCAGCUGAAGCCUGCAGCUAUGUAUGAAGAGGCUCUGAGUUUAGUUCGAGAUGGAGGCGUGACCUGCAGAUCCGUGAGGACAGAGCUCUUGGAGUGUUACAGCGAUCAGGACUUCCUGGCCAAACUACACUGUGUUCGACAGGCCUUCCAGGUGCUGUUGUUGGAUGAGACACACAGAAUGUUCUUCAUGGAAACUGGGAAACAGAUGAUCUCUGGACUCAUGGCCAAAGCUAACAAGGGUCCGAAGGGAUUUCUGGAGAGUUAUGAAGACAUGUUGCGGUACACCCAGAGAGAAGAGACGUGGCCAGUCACCAAGAUGGAACUGGAGGGGAGAGGGGUGGUCUCUAUGAACUUCUUUGACAUUGUGCUGGACUUCAUCCUGAUGGAUGCGUUUGAAGACCUUGAAAGUCCUCCGUCCUCUGUGGUCGCCGUUCUGAGGAACCGAUGGCUCUCCGACAGCUUUAAAGAGACGGCAUUGGCUACAGCCUGUUGGUCUGUACUGAAAGCCAAGAGGAGACUACUAAUGGUUCCAGAUGGUUUUAUCGCUCAUUUUUAUGCCAUCUCUGAGCAUGUAAGUCCAGUUUUGGCUUUCGGGUUUCUGGGCUCCAGACAGCACCUGAGUGAGGUGUGCACCAUAUUCAAGCAACAAAUUGUGCAGUAUCUAAAGGACAUGUUCAACCACGAUAAGGUGCGUUUCACCUCUGUCCCGUUUCUGGCCGAAGACAUCCUCAGUUUGUCCCACAGACGAGCAGACAUUCUGGUGGGUUACCUGGGCAUUGACAGUCUACCCGAGACCAAUGGAGCUUUACCCAAGAGCCCGUGCCAAGCCAACAGCGGGCAUCCAGAACUGGGUGAAUGGCACAAAUGAGGUUUCGGAAACACUUAAAGUUCUAGAGUGCUUGUACUUGGACCAUGUCCACACUAAUCCAUUUUCUUAGAAAACACACUGAUUGUGCAACGUUUAGGUCUCUCAUCCUCACUGGAAUGGCAUGUUUCGCUAUUGAAAACUGAGACUUUUGGAAACUCUCCCAUAACUGCAUACUUGGGGAAAACGAUGACAUUUUGGAAGGUUUCAAACUUAAAUGGAUUAGUGUGGGCGUGGCUUUAAAGGAAAACUCCAGGUUCAAUGCAAGUUAAGCUCAAUCGACAGCAUUUGUGGCAUAAUGUUGAUUACCACAAAAAUUCAUUUUGAUUAGUCAAAAAAGACGCAAAAAUCUGGGUUCCAGCGAGUUGCUUACAAUGGAAGUGAAUGGGGGCCAAUCCAUAAACGUUAAAAUUCUCACGGUUUCAAAAGUACAGCCACAAGACGCAAACCAUAUGUGUGGAAACACGACUUUAGUGCGACUUUGUUGCCAUGAUGAUGUAAUGUCAACAAACCCUAAAACGACUGUAAAAGUGAUGAUUAAACAACUUUUCAGCUCCAAUAAUACAUGCAUACAUUUUAACAGAAGAAUGAAUGUAAGUGCGUUUAUAAAAUUACAUGCUUCACAUUUCUGCCCAAACAUUGCCCACAUUCACUUCCAUUGUAAGUGCCUCACUGGAACCUCCAUUUUUGCUGUUUUUAAAGAAAAAGAUGGAUGAGUCUAAAUAAUGGUAAUCAACAUUAUGGCACAAAUGCUGUCAUUUGAGCUUAACUUGUAUUGAACCCGGAAUAUUCCUUAAAUUGUAGUUCUCACCUCAGACCAAUCAAAGUGUCUAUGAAGACUUUGUAGUGUUUUUUGUUUGCCAACGAAUUCCUAGCGCUGCUAUUUAGAUUACGUUUUAAAACCGGGCACGCAUCCAGAAUGACGGCCAGUUUGUACGGCUCCAAAACCACUGAUGCUUUGGGGACUGACCCUGUCUGGGACCGUUACACAAACCCGUCUUGACUUGAUGGUACAACGUGGCACGAACAACAAACUUUUAGCCAAACUUGCAGCCUCAUUUUGAGUUGCAGAUCUUGAAAUCUACCCAGAACACAACAACGGAUGCCUCUUACGUGAGGACACGCUUUUGUGUAUUUCACGGGUCGGUUUUUCAGAUUAUUGUGUGUGUCAACGUGUCAUUAAGCAGUUAUGCGUGUGUUAAUGGCCAAAUAAAGUCUUGCACUGAGUCAUGAGUUGCACUGAACACAAUAUCUGGAGCGAGUGAAUAGAGACGGAUUUUGCUUUGCAUGUAUUAACUGUAAAUUGGUCAACAGGGACAAGCUUUGCAUUAUAGGGUGAAUCUUAAGGCGGAAGUAUACUUUGUCCGUGUUGCUACGUGGAACGCGCACAAUAUGCGUGAUGCAAUUGACUUCAUCAGAACAGUCCCAGGUUUUCUCAACACGCGGAUGGUCCUCUAAAAGAGUAUAAUAAAGCAGUCUUAGUGUCUGUGAGAAAUGUGACCUGGACACGUUUACGUGAGGUUCACCCAAUAACUUGCACAGUACGUGUGAAGGCUUUGUAAGAGGCUGUAUAAGAGAGAGAGACUAACACAGGAAGUGCAUCAUUAUUACAAGGAAACCGAAUGUUGUCAUUGAGUUCAGUUGUGUGUGUUGAGAGCUUGUGCUUAUUCUCACCCUCACAAUAUUUUAUUAUUAUAUACAAAAUAUAACACGGUCACAGUGUUUAUCAGAACGGAGUCUUUAGUUAUUUAAUAAGUGGAAGAAACGUUGAUUAAAUCUGUAGGUGUGGAUGAUUUAUAUAAUGUCUUCUUAUUGUACAUCAUUCUUGCUUGCAAGUUGAUUUGUACUCCUUUUCAUCACACUUUGACUUUAUUCAGGCCUGCUGGUGGACUAUAGGACUAAAAUAGCUGAUUAUCUACUGUUUGUAGGAUGUAUAUGUGUAUAUAUGGGUGAUUCUCACAUGUCAAGAAAAAUGUCCUGGUCCCAUUUUACUGCUAAAUCAAAAGAAACGACAGAGAUUUUGCAUAUAGAAAAUUAAGCCUAUUUUGACAUUAUUUUUAGGGUUGUCCCAGUACCAGUGAUUUGAGUCAUGUGGUGACUGGAAUGGGAAGCUCGUCAAAACAACACAAAAAGCUUCAAAAUAAAAGCUCCGCCAAAAUAAAAGCUCAAUUUUAAGGCAAAAAUGUUGGACAAAAAUAGAUCACUUCUGUAUAGUUAUGCAAUAUUCACUGUAAUACUACUACUGCUAUUCAUAAUAAUACAUCAAUAGUUAUUGUAUUAUAUUCAAGCAAUGUCUCACCUCUGUGUUGUGCAGCACUUUAUUUGACAAAAAUAUCUCCAUUAGAUUGUGCUGUUAGGUUCUAUAUAAAACCACAUCAUUUUGAAAAUGAAUUGUUAUACUGUCAUUUGAUAAAAGUUUUAAAGUAUUUAAACACCAUUUUGAUGCUAAAGUGAACUGUUGAUAUGGAGUUGAGAAAAAAAAAACAGGCAUCGGACUAGCUAUCGGCGAGUACCAAAAAAUAAAAAGUACCAGUACUUUUACUGUGCAUUAUGAUAUUCUCAUUACCGCAACGUAAAAGAAAAGGGGGGAAAAGUGCAUUAUGAUAUUCUCAUUACCGCAAUGCAAAAGAAAAGGGGGGGAAAAGUGCAUUAUGAUAUUCUCAUUACCGCAAUGUAAAAGAAAAGGGGGAAGAAAGUGCAUUAUGAUGUUCUCAUUACCGCAAUGUAAAAGAAAAUGGGGAAGAAAGUGCAUUAUGAUAUUCUCAUUACCGCAAUGCAAAAGAAAAGGGGGAAAGUGCAUUACGAUAUUCUCAUUACCGCAAUGCAAAAGAAAAGGGGGAAAAAGUGCAUUAUGAUAUUCUCAUUACCGCAAUACAAAAGGGGGAAAAAGUGCAUUAUGAGAUUCUCAUUACGGCAAUGCAAAAGAAAAGGGGGAAGAAAGUGCAUUAUGAUAUUCUCAUUACCGCAAUGCAAAAGAAAAGGGGGAAGAAAGUGCAUUAUGAUAUUCUCAUUACCGCAAUGUAAAAGAAAAGGGGGAAAAGUGCAUUAUGAUAUUCUCAUUACCGCAAUGCAAAAGAAAUGGGGAAAAGUGCAUUAUGAUAUUCUCAUUACCGCAAUGCAAAAGAAAAGGGGGAAAAAAGUGCAUUAUGAUAUUCUCAUUACCGCAAUGCAAAAGAAAAGGGGGAAGAAAGUGCAUUAUGAUAUUCUCAUUACGGCAAUGCAAAAGAAAAGGGGGAAGAAAGUGCAUUAUGAUAUUCUCAUUACCGCAAUGCAAAAGAAAAGGGGGAAGAAAGUGCAUUAUGAUAUUCUCAUUACCGCAAUGCAAAAGAAAAGGGGGAAGAAAGUGCAUUAUGAUAUUCUCAUUACCGCAAUGUAAAAGAAAAGGGGGAAAAGUGCAUUAUGAUAUUCUCAUUACCGCAAUGCAAAAGAAAAGGGGGAAAAGUGCAUUAUGAUAUUCUCAUUACCGCAAUGCAAAAGAAAAGGGGGAAAAAAGUGCAUUAUGAUAUUCUCAUUACCGUAAUGCAAAAGAAAAGGGGGAAGAAAGUGCAUUAUGAUAUUCUCAUUACCGCAAUGCAAAAGAAAAGGGGGGAAAAGUGCAUUAUGAUAUUCUCAUUACCGCAAUGCAAAAGAAAAGGGGGGGAAGUGCAUUAUGAUAUUCUCAUUACCGCAAUGCAUAAAAAGGGAAAAAAGUGCGUUAUGAUAUUCUCAUUACCGUAAUGCAACAAAAAAAGGGGGAAAAUGUGCAUUAUGAUAUUCUCAUUACAGCAAUGUGAAAAAAAAUUACAUUUAACUUAAGUUGUAAAGUAUUUAUACAUCAUAGUUGUACUCUCUUGGUACUAUAUGCCUUAAUUUUUAACUGAUUAUAAUUUUAAAAAAUCAUUGUACAACAGCAUAUUUUUUAUGCCGCGUUAUGGUGAUGAGAAUUGGUGGUAAAAUGUGCUUCAGUCUCCUGAAAAUAAUGCCACAAUGCAUAAAGUCUUGGCAUUAUUUUCUUAAUGCAAAAUAUAAUUUCAGGUGUUUUUUGGAACUGAAUUGGAAUUAAAUAUGAAAUAUGAGCAGGACGUUUUCUCGACAGGUUGUGUGAGAACUGGCCAUAUAUACUGUAUAUGUAUUAUAAUGUUUCAAGUACAUAUAUUUCUUUACAGUAAAUGACCAGCUAGCUUCAUACACAGUAUGACAACAUAACAUAAAACAUUAGUAUAAUCACAUUUAGAGUUUUCUGGAAAUGCGAUUAAAGGAAAGUUCCAGAUUAAUUACAAUAAAAGCUCUAUAGACAGCCUCUGUCACAUGUUGUCGGUUACAAGAGAAAAUCAUUUUCGGCUCAACUCCACCAACUUUUCGACAUUUACACACAAUGGUAGUUGUACGUUGCCGCAUAGACUUCCAUUAUAAUUGUAUUUCUGUUGUUGCAUUUUUCUUUUGUUCGUUUUUACAAACCAAUGGACGUGACAAAAUUAUUUUUCUCUGGUAAUGGACAGUUUAACAUAAUUUAACCAGCAAGAUACCUUUUAAAUUUAAAGCAAACACCAAUGCACAAUUGCUGUCUUGCGAGUUAGCUUAAAUAAUGAUAGUCAAUCACAUGAUCAUUUAAAAUGUAACGACCUAUCUGCGAUAACAGCAUUCAAGCAAAGCUCGUGCUAAAACUUUAUCAGAAAUUUGAUCAUUCUAAACUGAAUGUGCAUGAAAUAUACACAUGUAAAUAUAUCGGCCCUCAAAAUAACUCGACCUUUGCCAAACCUGACCAUGUUCCUUAAUAUUGUACUGGAGGCAUUUGAGAAACUAGGAAUUUGAAUUGUUGCAUUGUUUUUUUUUUGUGUGUUCUCCCCAUAUUGACCAUUUCAAAUCUUGAAGAGGUCACUCGUCUGUGUUGGCUGUCUUGCACUUUAUUUGCCAAAACAAAUACAAAUAAUAACACUAAUGUUAAAUUUCUCUAUUUUUAUUGAAAAUAUAUUGCAACUUUCUUGUAUUUAAUGCAUUUGUGUAUUUUUACUACAUUUAAUUUCACGUGUUUCAUAGAGAGAUGAAUCAAUAUGUACACAACUGAAAAGGUAGUUAAAAUGUCAUGGGGCAAAAGGUUUUACGAUGGUUGGAUUGUAAUGUACAUAAAUAAAUGAAAGAACUUUUAACUUUGAAUGCAAUUGGGCAAAGUGAAAGGCAGGGUGAUGCAUUUCACUUUACAUCCAAUAAACACACACAAACACUAGUAGUUAUCUGCCCUCAUUAAAUUUAAAUGUUUAUGCAACCAAAUGUAUUCAAAAUAAAUUAGGAGCAAAGAAUAAUUCAUAAUAAGCUUGGCAAUUACAUCCGUAUUCCACUGAUUGUUAUGAGUUAUUGGUAUUGUACAAGUUUGGAUGCACUGUCUUGGGUAUUCAAUCAUUAUGUGUGUGUGUGUUUUUUUUUUUUGUUUUUUCUACAAAAACUGAAUAUAACUUUAUUUUCUGUGUUCUAAUGUGAAAUUAAGGAACAUGUGAUAUACAUAUGUGUGCCUGAAUGUCUCAAAUGAAUAUGUAUACCUGAACCUACUAAAUAGUGUAGCGAAGCAAGACCUACGGUGUAUUUUGCUGCUUUAUUACUGGUAACAAAUGUACAUUUCAAAGCCUGGUCAAAACAGCUUAUUGGGACAUUAUCUCAAAUGUUUAGCUAGAAUCAGGUGUCUAACAAUGGCCAAAGUGGAUGAACCCGGGAUGGCGGUACAGCAAGACUUUCUUUUUAAAUCUUCUCUUGAUGUGUGUAUUUGUGUUCUUGAAAUGUUUUGUUUAUUCUAUCAUUUACAAAUGACGGUUUCAAUCAUUGUAUUGCUUUGUUUUCUCAUCGAAAACUGUAUUGUCGUUUUGCCUUCCCUUGCCAACAUACAGUAAAUGA